GAUGUGUCAACCACAGGGAACCUAGACUGUGAAAUAAGUGCACAGAAAUGCCAACCGCCUUUUCAGACGAUAACAGUAACGCCCAAACACUCUAAAGUGACUUUGAACUGCUCGAUUAAGAAUGGGGGAAAAGUACAAGAUAUGACCUGGCAGCACCUUGAAAAACACCUCAAUGCCAGUAGUGACGCCGGUCUGUUCUUACAACACAUCGAUUCAAAGAACAGAAGUCAGCCACGUGAAUGUUUUUCUAUAAAAUACGCCAGUGAGUAUGUUCUUCUUUUGCCCUGUCUGUAUUACAUUGAUGGGGACAAAAAUAUCAUAAUGCGCCCAUCAGUUUUUUGUGUGUCUUAUUUUUUAAAUGGAUUAUAACGCAUCCUAUGAAUGCCUCGUAACAGGUUUGGGUAGAUUCAAGCUUAGCUGAGGCAAUUUUUACGGUUGGAUUGAUCGUAAAAACGGUUGAAGUUAAUUAUAGCCAGCUAAAUCACCUCACUUGAACAUGGUUCACCGCGAAACUCUAGUUGCUCAUGCCAUGCUGGAAGGCAAGCAAAGCAACGGGACAUGGCAAACAAUAAACAAAGGAAUCAUUUAAAAUGAUGUUAGCUCUUUGUUUGGCUUGACUCAGUGCGUAGGGCCUCGUUCUCCAGCAUGGCAGGUUUGUGCCACAAAAGUGACUUACUGCAAAGGGCCUAUUUAAAAUGAAGAAGGCAUGGCAUGGAGUAAAACAUGAAAGGUGUCGGUAAGAGCGAUGACUGUAGUUACCUUAAAAAUCGUGAGCUAAGCAGCGACGACGACGGCAGUGAAAAUGUCGCUAAAAAAUUACAUUUGCCUCAUUUCAAAAUGUUAUCGCGUCUAUUUGGAGCUGCUAAAUUUGCAGAAUUUGUCAAAUGUAGACGAUUCCUCUUGCAGGUGAAUGCUUAAGGACUUUAUCCAGGUUCAGAAAGAAAAAGGAGAAUUUGUCGUUGUAUGUUCACUUUCUCUAUAAAACGUCGUAUUCCUUGAUUAGGAGGUUUUACUUCAUAGUCUUGCAGUCAACGCCCGGGGGGUGGGGGGAGGGGGGAACUCCCAUACAUUAUCUAUACGGGUAUGUGCCGCCCAACGGGGUCGUGAUUUUGAAGCUCCUGGUUUAGAACGGGGUAUCCAUUUCAGAGACGUUUUCUAGAACGGGGUAUAAUAUUUCGAACGCACGAAAGCUCCAGUUGAAAAAAAAAGCAGCCAUUUGAAAUUAUUCAAGGACAGAUUACUUUUAAAAAUACAGUUCAAUGCGUUAACAAGCAAACUGUUAUACUCUUGUUGCAUCCUAGAACGAAGUAUAAAAAAAUGGCCCAUUUCUAGAACGGGGUAUCAGUCUUAGAGCGAAUUCUAGAACGGGGUAUAAAAAAUUGGCCCAUUUCUUGAACGGGAUAUCAAUUUUUUAGGGGAAAUUUUUUUAGAACGGGGUGCCAAUUUGGAGUCCCGGACGGCACAUACCCACCCAAAAAAUACCCAAGGGCGUCGUAUGUUCACUUUCUCUAUAAAACGUCGCAUUCCUUGAUUAGGAGGUUUCACUUCAUAGUCCUGGAGUGAACGUCAAAGAAAUGUACUAAGAAGCUUGACGCACAUGCAGCAACUGUUGUUUUCAUGUUAAAACCAAUUGUGUUUUGACGUUGUCGUCGUGGUGGUUCAGAUUUUUACAUUUCAGAUUUUGAUAGUUUUUUCCACUAAUUCAAGAGGUCGCUAUAAAAAUUACAAAUAUAUUACAAAAACAAGAAGAGGAAAACCAGCAAAUUACAUAAAUCCUGAUCAAAGGUGAAAUGUGGGCAGUGGCCAAAGGAGCUUAGGCUGUCGAGUUGGUCACUUAAGCUCCCUACAAUGUUUAAAUGACUGGGUGCAUGACUUAUGAGCUUUGAAAUUAAGACGAAGAAUUCCUUCUCAGUUCCAGUUAAGAGAGUAUCUAAGACAAGUUCUCCCGCUGACUUCUAUUCUGACACAAAACAAAUGGAAAUGAAGUGUACCUUCAAGGGAUGGCCUCAUCCUCGUGUAGUUUGGUCCAAUCCAAAAAACAAACGAAUCAUCAACGGAUCUGAAGGUUUUUACUUCUCAGAGCAGCUGGAUGGAGAGGAUACCUUAACUUCCCUUCUCCGUAACCCUAAUAUCCAAGAAAAUCAAGCAGGGACUUAUAAAUGCACUGGAAUGAACAACAUUACCGGCUGGUCGACUGAAAAAUCAGGGAUAAUUGACCUGAUUUAUGGCGGUGAGUCAUUUAAUUUCUUAUUUGAAUUCUUCUUAUACACGCGGAUACACAAAACCACCUUUGUAUCAGGUUCAGCAUAAAAAGGUAUUACCGUGUCUACCCUGUAAGCAAUGGAAAGUAUCCCAUUUAGACUAAGAGGGACAGCUAAUUAUCUCUUGAUUUGGACGGAAUUAAAUAUUGGGUGCUUCAUGUUUUAAAUAACAGACAAGACGCUACGGAGCGUACACUUCGGCGUCGUGGUUGUGGAACUGAUUAAUUGUAAAUACGGUGGAAUAGUAAGAAAUGAAAUAUGGUAAGAGUAAGGUGUUAAUUUGUGAAAUUAUGACAUUUGUCAGGAUAUUCUGAAAAGGGCAACAUCCAAGAGGCCUACUUGCCAAAAACUAGCAUUUCGGGACAAAUUGUCUCUGAGAUAUUAGCCCAGUUAUGCUCUGAUGACCCCAUUCAAAUCCUUCUAAAUUUGACCUGGGUCUAAACGUUUAGACCUAAGUCAAAUAUGAGGUUACUGGUGGUGAAUAACAAGUCUAACAAAAAACGAACAGUGAAAAAAGAAUUCUCUAUUUUUCUUAGUCACAUCAGGCUUCAAAAACAGCAUAGCAGUCUCAUGUACUCAUUAAAGAUAUGUAAGGCAUGGGUAAGGAGUCAAUUACGUUGAGCAUGGAAUUGGCUGUUACGAGUUCGAAUGCUUUGAGGAUAUAAUUAUUCACUGACUAUUAACACACAGGAAUGUCGGAUUAACACAAGGAAGUUUAAUACCAAAGGAACAUAGCCUUUUCAGAGCUUUAAAACACAGCAUCCGCCAACACAAACUUGACUUGAACUUAAGUACAACUAAACAGCCUCUACCAAUAAUAACAGACUCUCACUUGAACUUCAGAUAUCUUACGGCUUCCGCCAACUUGUAAACACAGAACUUGAAAAUCGGCCUUCGUCACACUUGACUAAACACAGCAGUCCAGCUCGUGGGAAAAAAAAUUUAGUUCGUCAAAAGACCUCGCUUGGAACUUGUAUACCGUUUGACAUAAGGUUCUAGAAAAUACUAAACGGGCGAAUAGUAGUAACUUUUCGACAUAUUUUAUGAUUUCAGUAACUGAUGCAAAUCUGCUGACUCAUGCUGAAAUGUAAACAUGCCCUAAUUAAUUAUUCAUGAAUAAUCCAAAAAAGUAGAGAACGUUUGAGAAAGUCACGCAAUAUGCAUGAAAGCAAUUUUACUACGUAACACUCAACAAAGACAAAAUGUCUUUGUGCAGCAUUUUGUGACUUUAAAUUCAUCAUAAAGCAGUUCGAAAGGAGGGCUCACUCGUGAAAUGUUUUUCAACACUCGAAGAGAAAUUUCGUGUUUCUGUGCGGCCACGUAAUAUCCUCUAUUUAUUCCUCGAGUAAAUUAAAAGACUAAACUCGAAGUGAUCUAAAGAUAUCACAAAGUACUCCGGUUUCAUUUCGUCAAAUAGCCGGAACAAGCCGAAAAGUCGCGAACUUGCACGCCCAAUCUUGUCCCGAAACUAGUGCAUAAUUUCAUAACUAUUUUUCAUAUCCCGAACUACCUUGGGUCGUAGUAGCGCAGUCGGCUAAUCCGUCAAUUUAGAGUCUCCUCUGAUCUGACGGGUCACACAGGUGAGUCGGUUCAAACCCCGGGGAAGCCAAUAUAAUAAUUCUUUCUUCCUCGAAAAAGUUAAAGAAUAAAUCAAAGAAAUCAAAGUGAUCUCGAGAUAUCUCGAACUAAUUCGGCUCUCACUUCGUCAAAUAGCCGAAUAAAACCGAAAACCUACAGACGUUGCAUGCCCAAUCUUGUCAAAAAAUGGUAACUUUGAUACAUUCCUGAGCGUCGCGAAUCCUUUACUUCGCGAUCCGCCGAAGUAAUAAAGUUAUUCCCAGCUAAACGUAAAAGAAAUCAAUAUAACUCAAAAAUUUCGUGCCCCCCCUUUCUCUUUCCAUUCAGACCAAUUGGACGCUGGAAUUUUUAUUUGUUUAUCCCUCGGGUCACAAGGGAUAAGUAAAUAAGUAAGUAAAUAAAUAAAAUAAAUAACGAUUUAGUGGCGCUAGCUCAUCCACAUGGUGGUUCUUUGUCUGCCAUUCUGGCUCAAACUUACCCCGCGCAGCUGGCGGGAUUAACGUGGGAGUGAUGUAUUUUUUUGGCGGCGAUGGCGGAAUAAGGGUAAGAAGCAACAAAACUAAACCAGGCCGACCACAUAUGAAGUUGCCUGAGGAAUCAAGCAGAGGACAGUCAUUAUUGAGAGAGGAGUGUUCUCACCUGAAAUACAGUAGAACCUCUAUAUAACGAACUCCUCGAUAUAAUUAACAAUUAUUCCACCAGUGUGCGUUGGAUAUGAGAUGGUAGGGAGCCAACGAGGCGCGUAGCACCGAGUUUGCAGAAAGAAAAAGGAGAAUUGUCGUCGUAUGUUCACUUUCUCUAUAAAACGUCGCAUUCCUUGAUUAGGAGGUUUCACUUCAUAGUCCUGGAGUGAACGUCAAAGAAAUGUACUAAGAAGCUUGACGCACGUGCAGCAACUGCUGUUUUCAUGUUCAAACCAAUUGUGCUUGACGUUUACGUCGUGGUGGUUCAGAUUUUAACAUUUCAGAUUUUGAUAUUAUUUUCCACUAAUUCAAGAGGUUGCUAUAAAAAUUACAAAUAUAUUACAAAAACAAGAAGAAGGAAACCAGCAAAUUACAUAAAUCCUGAUCAAAGGUGAAAUGUGGGCAGUGGCCAAAGGAGCUUAGGCUUUCGAGUUGGUCAUUUAAUUAAGGUCCCUAGUUUAAAUGACUGGGUGCAUGACUUACGAACUUUGAAAUUAAGACGAAGAAUUCCUUCUCAGUUCUAGUUCAGAAAGAAGAUAAGACAAGUUCUCCCGUGGACUACUAUCCUAACACGAGAGAAAUGGAACUGAAGUGUUCCUUCAUGGGGUGGCCUCGUCCUCGUGUAUUUUGGUACAAUCCAGACAAAAAACAAAUCAUCAACGGAUCUGAAGGUUUUUACAUCUCAGAGCAACUGGAUCGAGAGGAUACCUUAACUUCCCUUCUCCGUAAUCCUGAUAUCCAAGAAAAACACGCAGGGGCUUAUAAGUGCACUGGAAUGAACAACAUUACCAGCUGGUCGACUAAAAUAUCAGGGUAUAUUGACCUGAAUUAUCGCUGUGAGUCAUUUAAUUUCUUAUUUCUAAUAUUACGGAUGCGCAAAACUACCUCUUUGGCAGCAGGUUCAUAAAAACAUAAUACCAUGUUUCUCCUGUAAGCAAUGGAAAGUAUCCCAUUAAGACUAAGAGAGACAGCUCAUUCUCUCUUGAUUUAGACGGAAUAAAAUAUUAGGUGUUUCAUAUUUCAAAUAACAGAUUAACUUAUUGCUAACUGAAUUAAAAAAAAAUGUAACUGAAAAUUUCGUGUCACCUUCCUCCUCCAUUCAGACUAAAUAGACGCUGGAAUUUUUAUUUGUUUACCCCUCGGGUCACAAGGGAUAAGUAAAUAAGUAAAUAAAUAAAUAAUGAUUUAGUGGCGCUAUCUCAUCCGCAAAGUGGUUCUUUGUCUGCCAUUCUGGCUCAAAUUUACCCCGCGCAGCUGGCGGGAUUAACGUGGGAGUGAUGUGUUGUUUUGGUGGCAAUGGUGGAAUAAGGAUGAAGCAACAAAACUCAACCCGGCCGGCCACAUAUGAUGUUGCCUGAGGAAUCAAGCAGAGGACAGUCAUUAAUGAGAGGGGAGUGUUCUCACCUGAAAUUCAGUAGAACCUCUAUAUAACGAAGUCUUCGGUAUAAUUAACAAUUAUUCCGCUUAUUCCACGAGUGUGCGUUAGAUAUGAGAUGGUAGGUAACCAACGAGGCGCGUAGCACCGAGUUGGCUAUAAUCAUGUCAUAUCCAACAAGCGCGAGUGGAAUAAUUAUUCUAUUAAAAACGCCCACCAAAUAUCGAGAAUUCUUCCCGACUUAUUUGUAAACCAACCGAUUUUUGGCAGACGCGUACAGUUACCAUAUUUGAAGAGCAUGGUAUAACGUACGGCUCAUAUACCAUGAUGGCUAAGCCAAUCAGAGCACUAGAACUGUAUUAUCCAAUGAUUCAAUUUUUAAUAAUAAGCGAUAUUCUCCGCCCCAGAAAUAGUACAGUCAAACCCCGUAAAUCCCGACACUGAAGGGGCCGUACUAAGAAAGAGUCCGUAUUAACGGAGUGACUUUAUUAAGCGGGUAGAAAAUGUAAGGACUUUCUGUCCUCAGGGACAAAGCAAACUGUCCGUAACAAUGAGAUGUGUGUAUUGAGCGGGUUUCCAGACUGGAGCGGGGUUUGACUGUACAAUAAAUAAAAGGAACCUCGAUAUAACAAAACCUCUUUAUGGCGAGCAUAUUUCGCCAGUCCUUUGGGUCUUCGUUCAGCUGUUCGUUAUAUCGAGAUUCCAAUGUAAAGUGUUAUGUGGUUGUUAAAAAGAGAAAACGAGACGCCGAAUGGCUAUUGAAAUCAACCCUUUAUUAGCACAGGCCAUAUUGGUGGGAGGUAAGAGAAGUGGGGUUCAUCCGAUCAACCGAUCGUUAGAGCGUCUCUAAAGAAGGCCUGACGAGACAAGUCGCAAAAGAGGGAACCAGUGGGAUAAACAAAAUCAACACGUAAAAACUCCAAAGCGUUUUGAUGCCCCAUAUAUUGUCAAAAUACCCAGGAGGGGAGGGUAAGAGUAAGAAUGUUACCCCCUACGGUUGCACAAAAAAAUGGGAACAAUUUUCAAAUAAUAUUUGGUCAUCAUAUCUUCUUAUCAUCUAAUACAGGUCCCUUGCCUAAAGCUCCGCAGAUUACUUCUCUCGAGCUUUCAAGGAUAGCCUACCUCAUUGUCAGCUUUAAGUGCAGAGUAGGUGUUAGCCCAAGCGCCUGUGAUGACAAUUCUUUACAGUGGUAUUUUAACAACAGCUCAGUGAAAUUAAAAUCUGGUGAAAAGUAUGAUAUACAAGAAAGGAAAACCAACACCAAAUGCAAAAAAAAUUUCAUUCUCACCAUUUUUAACGCUACUGAUGCAGACAAAGGAGAGUACAAAUGUCGCUAUGUCUGCAACGUCGGCUAUUCCAGGUCUUCAACUAUCCAGUUGAAAGUAUUUCCAGGUACUGAUACUCCUGUUAUAUCUAAAGGUCUUGUGAGAAACCCAUAA